AAGAUAUAUAUAUAUAUAUAUAUCUAUUUUUUAGAAAAUCUCGGGUAUUCAUUGAUACGAUACGAUAGACUACUUGGAAGCAACUGAAAAGCUACGCUUACCAGCAGAUAAAUCGCCCAAUUCGAUCGACUAUUUCUUAGAUCAAAUAUCAAGGAUCCCAUGUAUUCCAAGUCUUCAAUAUCAAUACAUUGUUCACUACACACGCUAUUCAAAUUGAUGACCGACUAUUGUUAAUUGAUCUAUGAGAUUAAAGCUAUAAGGUGAUACUCCGUCAAUUAGCAUGACGCUUCUAGCGAACUUUCUUUCCAUGACUGGCCGUUACUCUCUAAUCAGAGACAGUAGCAAAGUAUUCAUGCAAUAUGUUCAAUAACAUCUCUGAAAUUCUGGCCGAUAUAACUACGCGUCUUUCUCUUUUUUCUUCCCCUUUUAUACUUACUUUUGAUAGUCUGGUCUUCAAAAACAGAUCAUUGUAUAAGAAAGCAAUAAUAAAGGUUUACACUAAAGAAAGAAAAGCGCCCCUCAUUCUUUUGAAAAAAAUAUGUUCUUUGCGAUUCAAGAAUAUACCCUUGAGAAAAACCAAUCGUACCUCAAACAGACCAAUCAGUCGAUUAAACGACGAGCAUAAGGAACACUUGUUAAGUUUUUUGACGAUAGUUCCUUGGCAGCUAUUCAGGACGCAACGGAUGAUUUGAUCAAGAAUUUUGCAGGUCUGAACAUCAAGAAAUCAAGGGUAGCUGAAUUCAUGUAAUCUCAGUAUCAAGGGCGUAAGUCAUCAUCCAAAAGCUAGAAAUUGUGAUACUACUCUUCUAGUGCGUGUUGUAUGGGUCGAGG